AUCGGCUGGUCAGCUUCCAAUAUUGCUGGCGCCAUACAGAUAGCGCUGAGGCCCCUGAGGUUGGGCCCAAGUGCGUAGUCGGUGGGCAACAAUCGCUAAGCUCAUGCUAGUAUCCCGUUCCACCGCCGUCCUACGGCGCCACUGUGUCCAAAAUCGAAAGCAGUACAAGAACGAGGUGAAUAGCUUCGCGCAGGUCGGUGUUCUGUUGGAAACAUCUUUGACCACCCGAAAGUUGGUGAUGUUCCCGACGAUUAUAAGUGUGGCACGAAUAUCUCUGGAAGUGCCCUUCAAGCACCGCCGUCAUGAACAACACGUCCCUUAUUCGCCACUAUCACAUACAUACGCUUACCAUCUCCAGCUGCUGGGCCUUUUACAUCUUUUCUUUACCACGAUUGUCAACCUUGGUCUGCUCUACUGGAAGUGUCGCAUCCACCUGUUCAAUCCCGUCCUUCUUUCGACCUUCACGCUUCUCGAGGCGUUCACCCUCGGCAUCGUCACCGCGUUCUUCCGUACAUCAUCUGUCUUCCUUAGGUUGACGCUGCUUGCGCUGCACUCCAAGUGUGACUUCUUCGGUCUCGGUCUCGGUCUCGGUCUCAGUCUCCGUUCCGUUCCGUUCCUGGCCUUGACUUAG